AUUUACCAAUUUAUAAACGAAAAAUGCAACACUUAUCAAUCCGUAACAACUGUUUUAUUAUCUGUCAGAAAAAAACGGAGAAUUUUGUUGUGCUACCACCGGUUGUUAAACAAAAAAAAAAGCUUUCUUUAGUUUGCAUUGAUAUUUUUUACUUUAUUAAAUUUUUAUUUAUUUACCAGCAUUAUGGCUGAUUCCUUGCAUAAAAAUUUUGAAACACUCCGUAGCAUAUUCGAAGAAGUGCUGAAAAUGAAAAACAGUACUGGCGAACGUGAUCGUGCAGAUGAAUUGACCGAGAAGCGCAAGUACGCGUCACUGCUCUUCGUGCUGAUUAAAAAAGUAAAUCGUAUGGUUAAAUACAAUUUACGUUCCGGACGUGAAGAUUUACAUCGUGAGAAGGUACGUGUGGACAGCAAUCGCCUGCACUUGCAGAACUUACUGUACGAGGUUAACCAUUUAAAGCGUGAGAUACGCUACUGUCACAAGUUUAAAAGUCAGGAUGAAGAUAUUGAAUUGGUGCCAGAAGACGAUCAACUGCAAACGGAGGGUAAUAAGUCCUUAAUGCCCAUAGACAUGACGCCGUUGUCAGGACAUGCCAAACAUUUGGCACGUCUCGAGCGCGAAUUAAAUUUACGCAAACAUUUGUCGGCACAAUGCAAAGAGCUGCUCAAUACUAAACAACAGGUGUUUAGAGAUAUUAUUUUGAAAACGGAAAAAUUGACUUCGUUUGCACCGUCAUUGCGCACUCUAUUGAAAGCAACACGUCCACUGCAAGAUGCACUACAAGUACCCAUGGACCGUGAUUGGAAAUUGCAACAGUUGGUGCAGUUGCUACCACAACCACUUUAUCUAGUUUAUAUGAAUUUACAUGCACUGGAGUUAGCAAAAGAAUGCGAUGUUUGUGUUACUGUAGUGGGUAGUGAGGAUGAUGUACGUCAAUUGGAAAUGGCAGCACAGACGGAGACUAUUAAGAGUGGCGCCAGUUCGGACACGGAUGAGAUAGACGUAGGUAGCGUUACAAAGAAGCGUAAAACACAUGGCGGAAAUAGUGAUUUACUUGUAGACCUAAUGCAAGAACAACGCAAGCGGGUUUUACAACCACACCCGCUUGAGGUGCGGUUUACGAUUGGGAAUGGUACGAAAAACACGGAAGAAUCUAUAGCAAUUAAAUUGCGUUAUUUUAAGCGUUUGGGCUUUGUCACUGCUGCAACGGUGGUAGGUUUGGGUGAAACAGAACAAAAUUUCGCCGAUGCAACACUCACACAGGAUGUGCUUAAAUAUUUGCAUGAUGAGGAUGUCGGCGAUACUAUACCAGUGCCAGGGGCAGAAUAUGAGUUGAAAAAUAUUAAUAUGACAACGAAAGAAUGUUUAGAUUAUUUAAAAGCUAAAGAGUAUGGACGUUCAUACCGCUGGCUGCAGUCCAUGUGUUGUAUUGAAGUUUUUCAUGAAGUUGGUGGCGAUACAAAUGCUACUAACACACCACCAACAGAACAGCCGAAAUUGCAAAAGCUAAUACCCGAUUUAAUAAAAUCUAUACAACAAUUAUGGAAUUCACGCUUGAACUUAAUUAAACAGAUACGUGCUUUAGUACAAAAGCAUAUUGAUAUGUAUCUUAAAGAUGAACGCUUGCCUACCACACGUCCCGCUUGCAGUCUCGUACAGUGGACAGCGCUCACUUAUGAGGAAUAUGUGGCAUCAUCGCCACAUGUGGAUAAAGACCUGGUUAAUGGCAAUCAGCUAUUCUAUCGCGCCGUAGUCGUACGCGGUUCUGCUAAAAUGGAAUGUCUCGUAAGCAUAAGUAGCAAAUUUCCAACCGAAAGUCCUCAUUGGUUUAUCUGCAUAUAUUGGAAUGGUCAACAUAAUGCUAUGAACAGUGCCGCUGUAAAAUCGAUGGAGUUUUGGACAAAUUCGUUGACACAGUCGCAAUUGCAACAUCCAUUGGCUUUGUUAGCGACUCAACUUGUACGGACUAUGUACAGUUUUGACAUAUUUUUGGAGACGGAGGGACCACUGUACAAUCCAGUUGAGUAUCAUCGCGAGAAGCACUACAUAAAGGCAUUCGCAAAACGUAUACGUGCAAGACCAUAUCGCUAUAUCGAAGGAGGCACCGUUAAUACAUUUAAACAAUAGUAUAUAAGAUUUGUUGUUCAACAGUUUAUAUGCUUGUGACUAGGGUUGUAAUAAAAAUAAAAUAAAUAUAAAAAUGUUUAUAUAAUCAUUUGUCAGAAUCGCUA